AUGUUCCUACAGAGCUCAGUAACUACCAUCUGGACACUUUUGGGCUUGAGAAUCACUGAAGGGACUUAUGGCGGGGCAGGACUGUCAAUCGUCCGCACCGCCCCCAACUACGGCGAAACCUCAUGCCAAAACGCGCAGGACGCAGAACAGCAGCGCCUCCUACAACGCACGUCCGUCCGUCACGCCCCAGACCCCAAUGUGCCUCCAUUACUCCUGCGCGCCCGAGCCGCUUAUCCCAACACCUCCAACCCUUAUCCGUCGACGGCCUGCUCGGAUUGCGUGCCUAUAACCCCGAACGGUAUCAGCAAAGACGCGCCUUGCAGUGCGCCAGUUAGAGCAGCCAUGUGCGCCAAUCCCACCCUCUUGGUGCCGAUGUAUAGCGACAAGCCCGUAGAGACGCUCGCCAACCCACUUCCCGCGCCGCGGUUUCCGGCCGUUGUGGGAUUAAGACUAGACCGAUGA